AUGCUAGGCAUAUUCUUUUUACAGACGGCGCAUUCGAUGAUCAUUCAUCAAGAACUCUUAGUGGAGCCAGAAGUCAUCGUUCCUGAGGAUACAAUUUACCUCCCGCAAGUUUACAGAGAGAUUGAUUUGACCUGCUCUGGUCAAGAAGACUUACCAGACGGCGGGCGUUUCUCGUCGCCUGGUUGGACCGAGGAAUUUGUCUACGCAAAUAAUCUCAACUGCAGCUGGACUCUUGGUCGCCGUGGCUGCACUACGGAAGUUGACUUCUACGAGAUCGACAUUGAAGAUCUCCAUCUUCUCCGAAAGUGCCCUUACGACAAACUCACUAUCUCAACAGGCGACCAGCAAUUAAACCGGGAACUGUGUGGUCGCUCUCCCCAGAAAUAUUCCGCGUUUUUGGCCCUAUUAGUGUCAAAUUUUCAUCAGACAAGACGCGAAAACGACGUAGAGUAUGAAGCCAUCAUACUCGAAAGUUCUGGAAUCGGCUCUGGCGACGGCUCCGGAGAGGAAAUUCAAAUCGACGUGCUUGACUUAGUAAACGAAGAAAGUGUUUUCCUCGAGUACAAUCCAUUCGACUACAUGUCGGAUUUCCCCAUCAGAUCUGAUCAAAACCAGAUGAAACUGCGAUCUCGAUCAAUCGUUACAAAUGAUCCAAAGUCGACUCCGAAAAGAGCCAGAACUCAGCAUCAACCAAACGAGUUUGAGAAGAUUUUCCCCGAUAAAGUGACUUCCUACGGCCAGUUUGGAAAAUGCGAAGGAUCUGAGUGCGAUGGAGUACCCGCUGAAACGAUCCAAAUAAGUAAAGGAAGAUUCUGCGAAAUCUGUGUCGAAAAGGAACGCGGCGAAGAACAAGUCGAAGGCCGAAAAUUUGACAAAUCCGACGCAAAAUUUCGAUGCCCAGCGUUCUCUGCAACUGAAAGCUGCAAAUCGGAGAAUCUCUCGUUCCAAGAGUUCUACCUCGGUUCUUGCUGUGAGCCGGGCUCAAAGUGGUUGACGGAUAAUGAAAAAGCGCAGAGAAAGAAGCUUAUCAUCAUCAAGAAUAUCCAUGCCGAAGCGAAGCGUGAGCAAACGAAACUUGAGGCUGAAUCUAAACAGCAAAAGUGGACCGUUCAGAGAAUGGAGAAACUGCAAAGCAAGAAAAAACAAAUGGCAAACACUUUGAGCGAAUGCUAUCAAAAGAUUUUGGAGGAGAUUGAGGAAAUCGCACCAAAAAUUGAAGACGCCAGGAAAACUCACGAAGGAAGUACGAAAAGGCUGCUUGAGAAGGAAAAAGAAGUUGACAUGGUCGCGAAGCGUUACAAACAGCUCUCUUACGAGUAUCACGCUGUUGAAGUCAAGGAGAAAUCUGCCAAAGAAAAAAUGAAAGGUAAUGGGAGGUGCAAAGUAUGCCUGGAAGAAUACAGCAACAAUUCGCUCCACCAUAAAUGCGCUCUUCGCAAAUGUGGGCAUGUCUCAUGCAAGGAAUGCUUGGAACGGAUUCUUACGGAAAGCUACAACGAUUACGCGCUUUGUCCCCACUGCCGAAAGAGCUUUACCGGUUUUGACCUCGUCCGUAUCAAUGAAUAG